ACACUUUUGCACAAUAAAAGGAAUAUGACUUUGGUUUUGGCGACUCAUGUAGGGUUCUAGCUUAUUGUGUACGGUUUUUGAAUCCAAUAAAUCCCAGCAAUUCAAUAUCCCCGAACGUACCCACAAACGCUAUACAAAAAACCGGCAAGCCAAACACCAGCAAAAUGCCAUCACUACGUCUCACGCUUGCCAAGAAUUCCAACCAACAACAACGGACGGUCGUUCUUGUUUCCAUACCUGACCUCACCAACGCAUCUUGUUCAAUAGUAACAAAAGAGAUGACACAAUUCAGGCAACGCAUUAUCCAAUUUGCGAAAACAAAGUUACGAUUGACGAGAGCCUGUCGAGUGUUUUUGGCUGAUGGAACUGAGGUUUGGGGUCAUGAUCUUGAUCUUUGGAGGAGGCUUGAGAAUGAUGGUGUCAUACUCGUAUCAGCCGGAGAAGACUAUAUCGGAACCCAAAAACCCCAAACCAACACAAACGAUAUCCCAGUGACGAUCCUCGCGCACCAUGUCGAAAUCGAUCCUCUCGCAACGAGUCAAUUAAAGGCUUUAUGUAACCUUGAUGGGGUUGUACGUGUAGUGGGUAUGCCGGAUCUUCAUCCUGGGAAUAGGUUUCCGAUUGGUGCUGUGGUUGUUUCUGAGGGGUGUGCGUAUCCUGCUUUGGUUGGGAGUGAUGUUGGUUGUGGUAUGUCGCUCUUUACGACAUCACUCGGAUGUAACUUGUCACCAGAGAAAACCGCACAAAAGAUUCGUGAUAUUGAAGGCCCGUGGUUGGAUGGGUGUACAAUCGACUGGCUUGCAGAAGCAAACGUGUCCCCUACUGCAUUUGAUGACCAGCUUGGAACGGUUGGAGCUGGAAACCAUUUUGCAGAGAUUCAAGUGGUGGAGCAUGUUGAGGAUGAGGGGAUGCUUCGGGAUCUUGGGAUUGAUGUUGGGAAGGCUCUUUUACUUGUGCACUCUGGAUCACGAGCCCUUGGUCCAUCUAUUCUUGCAAAGCAUGCAUCAGCUCCAACAGUCCCUCUAAAUUACCCUUCAUCCGAACUAACCGCCUACCUCUCUGAUCACAACAUGGCCAUGCGCUGGGCAUCACGGAACCGGGAUCUAAUUGCUCAACGUCUUCUCUCCCGUCUAAACACCAAUCCGGAAAGAAAACUCUUGGACAUGUGCCACAAUUGGAUGGAAAUGGUGUCAACGGAUACACAAACCCAGUUUAUCCACCGAAAAGGCGCCGCACCGUCUGAUCGAGGUCUUUGCGUUAUUCCCGGUUCACGAGGCAGCUUUUCCUACCUCUUUUUACCAAACCCAACAGCUCAACCCCAUACCGCCAAUUCCCUGGCCCACGGUGCAGGCCGCACCACGACCCGUAAAAAGGCCCUCGCGUCCUUACCAUCAAAGUAUGGUAAAACACCACAAGCCAUGGAAGGACUCCGACGAACGCAUCUGGGAAGCGUGGUUGUCUGUGAUGAAAAGGAUUUAUUGUAUGAGGAAGCUCCGGAAUGCUACAAGGAGGUUGAUAGUGUUGUGAAAGAUUUGGUUGAAGCUAAUGUUGGAAGGGUGAUUGCGACUCUGCGACCGGUUGUUACAUAUAAAGUGAGAAAGAUGUAGUAGAUAAAAGAUGCAUAAUACUCGACCAGAAAGAUGUAGUAAAAUGAAAGGAACAAAUCAACUCUCGACCAUGUCAAAACCUGUC